AUGAAAUUCAAUCUUUCCAUCAUCAGCUGUUUAUUGCUAGUUACCGGCUCAAUAGCUAGUGAAAGCUGUUCCAUUAUCGCCAAGGAGGAUUUAGAUGGACGCACCUCUCCUGGCGUCUAUGCUAAAAGAGUUACCAAUAUCUAUAAAAAAGGCGAUUGCAUCAAAGUUAAAUGCCAGACUACCGGAGACGUAAUUUAUGGUAGCAAGAUUUGGGAUUAUGAUGGUACUUAUUAUCUUCCUGAUGUUUAUGUCAAGACUGGUUAUGAUGGAUUUGAUCCUCAACUCAAGCGUUGUUCAUCCACUCCACCACCACCUCAUCCUCCUCCCAAUGUGGGAUGUGGUGGUCAUUUGAAUGAAAAAAGUCUUUCACUUCUCAAACAACUUGAAGGCUGGAAUCCCAAUUUUUAUGAUGAUGGACUUGAUAAUGACGCCACCCAUUGUAAAAAUAUCCAAUCUCCUAUUACUGAAGCAGAAGGAGCAGCAUUGUUGAAACAAGAUGUCGCAUCCUUUGAAAGCUAUAUAUGUAAUACCGUCACCAAGCAAUUGAAAUGUCCUUUGAACUGUAAUCAAUUCGGUGCGUUGGUCAUUUUCGCUUACAAUGUUGGUAUUAGUGACAAUGGAUUCCGUGCAAGUAAGAUUUAUGAACAAUUAGCCGACAAUUGUAAUUACAAGGGCGUUGCUGAUGUAUGGACAUCUUCAUUCACUACAAAUGGUAUCCUGAUUCCCCGUCGUAAGCAAGAAGUGGCUAUUUGGAAUACACCUUCUCUUUCUCGAUCCGGUUGCUAA